AUGUCUCUACCAGACCCGGACAUCGUUAUGUCCCUAUCUCCUCGGAUGAUCGAUAUGCUCGCAUGUGUGAAGAAGAAAAUAUCAGCUUCACCAAUGGCGGAGAAAAGACUCCUAAAAGACCAUCUCAACGAAUGUAAACAUCAUUUCCACACGUGUAUCGAACUGUUCAACAGUCUUGAGAGCAACUUUUCUUUCAAUAUGGGAAAUGUAUUAAGUGAUUUGAGAAGACGCUUUGUCGAAUUCAACUUGUGUCAUCAGGACAUGAUGUCAGAUACGUCUUGGUGCCAAGAUGUUGAUUUUGAUGCUCAGGUACAAACUAGAAUCGUGCCGGAUGUUGAGAAUUGUGAAGGAAACGAGACAAGCGUUGCAAAUAAACCAUCAUCUAAUGAGGACACUGUAUUUCUGCCACGACUAACUUUUGACUCUACUUUGCAUGGAGGUAGAACUAGUUUGAAAAGCUUUCUUUUGGAUACCGCAAAGUCUCUCAUUAACGAAGGAAUCAAGAGAAGGCAAGCAAAAGGCAUCGUUGUGGAGGAGAGGUUAUCUUCUUUGCACAUCUUACAGCAAGCUAUUCACAUAUACUGUCUACUGGAGCUUGGUAUCUUUGUCUCCUUUAUACAAAGACCUAACAAUAGUUAUAUGGUACGGUGCACAUUUUGUCAAACUAAGAUCCUAGAUUAUGACAUACAAUGCUCAGUAGGUAAUAUCAAACAGGGACAUUGCUGUGAGGUUCCAAAGUUGACCAAAAGGGCGCUGGCUAGAAGCCUUGUUGAAGUACAACAUCUUAGGGGUCCUGAAUUAGAGAGAGUUGUUGAACUGCUGAGGUGCGAUGGCUAUUUUGGUACAAACAAAGAUGGAGUAGAGAUUGAUAGCUUCGGUUGUCUCAAAGACUAUCUGCUCUAUUCAAAGAUCAGAUUCCGCACGGUAGCUAACGUGGGUAGAGCAAUAUUUGAAUGGCUUCAAGACGCAGAUGAAACAGCACUGAAAGUAUCUCGGCCCUCUGAAGAUGUUUCAUACCAGAGGAAAUUCACUCUCACGGCGACUCAUCUUAUCCUGAACAAUAUUUACACCAAGUCAGAGGAGGAAAUAGAAGAUAUAUGCCAGGUUCAAUUUGAACCGCCAGAGAAACCACUAGGCCAGCAGAUGUAUGAGACUGUGUACAGAGCCUUAUCGGGGACAUCGUUCUCCAAAUUCACUGAUAGAACGCAGACUGGCAAAUACACGAUACAGAUGUUAUUGACUGCCCUCUUAACAUCAGAUACAAAUAAUAAUGAGAGGAAUAACCAGGCCGCUGAUGAUGGUAUACAAGAUGGAUUGAAUAACUUCGAGAUAGCGUUACUUCUACAUGACAACAGGUAUAUCGACAACAUCCUAAGCAAGGAGGAUGCAAUUGAGCUUUCCAGAAUAAUUUCCGAUUGGGGAGGUGAUGAACAACAGCAAGCAGUAGAGGGUGGACCUGCUUCAACAAAAGAUGCAGUUGGACCUAGUGUCAGUGAUACAACUUUUAAAUGGAAAGAGGCACAGGACGCGUUUUUACAACAAUUGGAAGGUGCCAUAAGUGAUCAAUCUGAAGAUAGUCCUGCAGCCAACUCUCAGGGUGAGAAGUUAGUACUCAACAAUCUAACAGCUCUCUCUAAUAAGAAGAGGGCUACACAGGCGGGUGAUAAGAAGCUAAAGUUUAACAUUGACAAGGCAAGAAAGUUGUUGGAAACUUUUGCAAACUCCUCAAAGCUGUCUUUGCCAGCACUCGAUUUAAUAUCUUAUUCACAAGAUGAAGUCAAGUGCGUCUAUUUCUCCAAUUCUAUUGAUGACGAGUUCUACGAAAGCUUAAUACCAACACUCUCAUUAGAUGCUUGCCAUUUGUCUUUGUACAAUAGUCAGGGGUACAAAGAGGAUUUUCGUACAUUAUACACUAUUGUUGGUCAGGCUGGGUCCAAGGGACUGGUUCCCCUGGGUAUGAUGCUUUCAAAGAAUGCAGAGUGUGGAUUAGAAUGGUUCACCUUCCUAUACACAUUCUUCAAGAAGAAUGAUGGGUCGCAUUGGAAGAAGUUACGGGAAUCUCUACAAUUACACAAUGAUAGUAUCACUGAGGAGAGCAUUCCCCCAUUACAAAUCAUAUCAGAUCAGGAUAAGGGUAUCAAGAAGGCCUUGGAUAUGUUGAGAACCCGGUGUGGUGUUCCGAUUGAGAGCUUCGCAUGCUCCAAACACGUCGAAAGAAACCUCUUCAAGUACACAAUCGCAAAGCAUAGAAGGGUUAUGCAACAUAACUUUUUCCAGUUGAUAUUUGAAUCUGAUCCAGAAAAGGUCCCACUAAUCCAAGAAGCAAUGAAGGGGGUUUUCUUUGAGAGGCACAAGAGAGACACAGUCAACAGUACUUAUAAUCUCAUCACCAACAAGCAAGACUGUGCUAGAGGUCUUCAGCUUUACAAUUCGGUGACACCAAGGUUUGACAUUAUGAAAUCCAACCAUUGUGAGAUUCUAAAUGCAGAGAUGUUUGCGUUUAGGCGAUUGAACCCAACCAAUCUCAUUGUCGAAGUGCUGUCGAUGCAGUGCGACAAGGUGAAAUUCGCAGAGUCCAUGACCUUUGAUUGGAAUACAGUGAGACAGAUGCCUCAAUAUGAUGAUGAAAUGAAUGAUGCCAGCGAUUUCGAUGACGGGAGCGACCCAGAUGAUGCAAGCAACUUUGCUGAUGAAGAGGACGAACCGGAACAUGCCGAGAUACUCACAAACUAUGGCUAUUUCUUGUACUCAACAACCAUUAUCACUUCUUGUUGUCUAAAUAGCAAAGAGACUAGUGUAACCGUUGAUGAGAGUUCACCUGGAACCAAAGUGACGACUCACAAGCAUAGCGUAUCGUGGGACUGUGGUUUGUCUCUUAGGGAUCUUUUAAAGGUACUGCGAGUUUAUGUGAAGAAGAUGAGAAGACGUGAUUCGUUUGUCAACUUUCGUGCUUAUGUUUAUCAUCAAUUGCGAGCCAGAACAGCCGUUGUUACUGAGAAGCGAUGCACCAUCUCAAAAGAGGGGAAAACAGAAGAAAAGUCUACGUACAGUUGUUCCCAUUGUCGCAAUCAAGCGUAUACAUUCUUCGAAUGUCCACAUAUCACUUGUGUGAAGAUGAGAAGGGUUCUCAACGGCUACGCCCUUAUCCCAUCAAUGCCACGACUUGCCAAAGAGAUUAUCUAUGAGGACAGUAGAAAGAGGCGCUCCAAUUACACACCACCAAUAUUCGAAUACCAGAGCUGUUUUUCAAAGGCCAAUAGAUGUAUCAUACGGAAGACGGCAUCUCAAACUUCCAGAUCAGCGGUGAAGCACUUCGACUCGCAGGUUUUACUGAAGGCGAUCCAAGCGUUAAAAGAUGAUAAAAAAACCAUGAGUAACAUCAGAAAGAACUCUAAGAAGAGGCAAAGGAUAGCAUGUUCUUCCAAUAGGAUUCCUUCCGCAGGUGAGAAGAAGAGAGGAAGAGGACGACCAAAAAAGUCAGAACAGAAGAGGAACUACAAGGCUAGAAAGCUUAUGGAAGAAGCAAAGGCAGAUUCAAUGAACCCGCCUCCAACGUAA